CACUAGUUGUUGUCUAGUUGUGGUGAGUGUUGCUGCCCGCUACGUCCAGGGGUACACAGGAGGUGUUGACGACGAGUGUUGCUGCCCGCUACGUCCAGGGGUACACAGGAGGUGUUGACGACGAGUGUUGCUGCCCUCGACGUCCAGGGGUACACAGGAGGUGUUGACGACGAGUGUUGCUGCCCGCUACGUCCAGGGGUACACAGGAGGUGUUGACGACGAGUGCUGCUGCCCUCGACGUCCAGGGGUACACAGGAGGUGUUGACGACGAGUGUUGCUGCCCUCGACGUCCAGGGGUACACAGGAGGUGUUGACGACGAGUGUCGCUGCCUUUAAAGCGUUAGUACAGAAGGCAGACUACCACACGCAGAAACUAACUCCCGCAGGAAGAAAAUCAGAAGCAAGCUACCACAGCAGGAGACUACGAGGAGGGAGGAUGCUGGAGCGGGUGAGGUACUCCGGGAUGGUGAUGCUGGCGACGCUGGCUCUCUCCUCCGCUCUCGUCUUCCCUUCUCCUCUACCUCAGGAGAAAGGGGCGUCCUACUGGUACGAGCUGAUGGAACGGGAGGUUCAGGAAGCUUUACAACGGCCCAAGAAUGAAGGGAAAGCCAAGAAUAUUAUAUUAUUUCUUGGUGAUGGCAUGGGAGUGACGGUGGCUACGGCUGGAAGAAUCUUGAAAGGACAGAAGGAAGGAGUGUCUGGUGAAGAAGGAUACCUCGUCUGGGAGAGGUUCCCUAAUAUUGCUCUACUGAAGACGUACAACCUGGACAAGCAGGUCCCGGACAGCGCCGCCACCGCCACCGCCUACCUUGCGGGAGUCAAGGCCAACUAUGAGACUCUUGGAGUCUCAGGGAAGGUCAAGAUGAAAGACUGUGACGCCUCCCUCCUUCAGGAGAACAGACUGGAUUCCAUUUUACAGUGGGCGCAGGAUGCUGGCAAGGAUACAGGUGUGGUGACGACAACGCAGGUGACUCACGCCACACCUGCAGCCCUCUACGCCAAGGCCGCCUACAGGUACUGGCAAUGCGACACGAGAAUGAUUGAUGACAAUGCCACUCACUGUAAAGACAUCGCCCGCCAGCUGGUUGAGGAUGAACCUGGCAGGAACAUGAAGGUGAUCAUGGGUGGGGGUCGCCAGGAGAUGGGGGCUUCACUGCAGAAGGACACAGCACAGAAGUGUCCUAGAACUGAUGGCAGGAACCUGGUUCAGGAGUGGAAGCAGGACAAGAAGAUGAGGGGAGCCACCCACGCCUAUGUCACCUCUACUAGUCAACUCCGAAAUGUCCCUAUUCAAGACACUGACUACCUUUUUGGAUUGUUCGGGGAUAUCCACACCCCAUACGAGGUGGACCGUGAUGGUGGCCUGGAUGGCACCCCAAGCCUGAAGGAGAUGGUCCUGACGGCGAUCACAAUCCUGCAGAAGAGUCCCCAAGGGUUCUUCCUCCUGGUGGAGGGGGGGAUGAUUGACAGAGGCAUGCACAACUCGAAUCCCCGGAGGGCCCUGGAGGAGCUGGUGCAGCUGGAGAAGGCGAUGGAGGAGGCCCUGAAGGUAGUCGACCUGGAGGAGACUCUGGUGGUCGUCACAGCCGACCAUUCUCACACCAUGACCAUGGCUGGAUACCCCCCCAGGGGUAAUGACGUCUUCGGUGUGGUGAGGAACAAGCACGUGACGGACGGUCUGCCCUACACCACCCUCAUGUUCACUACUGGUCCGGGGUACAACUACACCUGGGAUGGACACAAGGUAACGAGGCCCAACCUGACAGGGGUGGACACUGGCCACAAGGACUACGUCUCCCUGGCUGCCGUGCCUACAGUUGAUAACAAGGAAACACAUGGAGGAGAGGACGUGGCCGUGUUCGCUACAGGUCCAAUGAGCCACUUAUUCCACAGGGUACACGAGCAAACCUUCGUGGCCCACGUCAUGGCUUUCUCCGCGUGUAUUGGGCCAUACAAGGACAGUUGUACUCGGCUCUUGAAGGAAUCUGCCAAAGAUGUUGUCAUUCAUGGUCCCGAGGGUAAUACAAAGAAUGGCUGUCGUUGCGACUCAAAUAUAGGCAAUGGACAUGGUCAUAAUCACUCACAUUCCAGUCAUGGCAGCCAGCUGGGCAUGGCUGAUGAAAACCAAACACAUACGAGUUCCGACAACCAGCUAGGGAAGGACCGUGGACAUGCUAAGAGCUUCCACCAGGUUAACAAGGAAGGCGACCCGGAAAUGCACACAGAACAAGAAGACGUCGAUGUUGACUUUGCGUCGAGAACCUCAAACGUCCACACGAAGCACCUCAAUAACCACAAGCUAAAAGGCGGCUCCUCGAGACUCGCCCCAAGCUACACCGCUCUGUUCCUGCUCGCCCUGCUGGGUUUAAACUGUCGCUUACUCCUUCGUUUUAACUCGCUGUAGAUUCCUGCAAGGUUUGGACUGUUUCAUCAGUCAGAUAGCAGGAUGCCUAAGUUAACUGCUCACCUGCUUAACUAGCUGCUUAAACUGAAUAGUAAACAGCUUUAAGCACGAUAUUUGUUUAUUGCUUCUACCUAUCUAAGAGCUAUGUUGUAAUUACUUUGUGCAGCGAAACAUGACCUGAAGUCACAUAAGACAAUGGGACGUGACCUGAAGUCACACAAGACAAUGGGACGCGAUCUGAAGCCAUACAAGACAAUGGGACGUGAUCUGAAGCCAUACAAGAAAAUGGGACGUGACCUGAAGUCACACAAGACAAUGGGACGUGAUAUGAAGCCAUACAAGACAAUGGGACGUGACCUGAAGUCACACAAGACAAUGGGACGUGAUCUGAAGCUAUACAAGACAAUGGGACGCGAUCUGAAGCUAUACAAGACAAUGGGACGCGAUCUGAAGCCAUACAAGACAAUGGGACGUGAUCUGAAGCCAUACAAGACAAUGGGACGUGACCUGAAGCCAUACAAGACAAUGGGACGUGAUCUGAAGCCAUACAAGACAAUGGGACGUGAUCUGAAGCCAUACAAGACAAUGGGACGUGAUCUGAAGCCAUACAAGACAAUGGGACGUGAUUUAAAGCCAUAUAAGACAAUGAGACGUGAUUUAAAGCCAUAUAAGACAAUGGGACGUGAUUUAAAGCCAUACAAGACAAUGGGACGUGACCAGAAGCCGUACAAGACAAUGGGACGUGACGAGAGAUGAUUCAACACAGUGGCGGCAGUCACAUACAACCUCACUGAAAUUAAGUCCCACAUUUGAUAACAAUAUGGGAGGACAUGAUUUAUGUUUACAAUGAAGGAAAGGGUUUAACAUAUUGGAUAUAAAAAGGGGUUUCAAAACGUAACCAUUAAGUCAUUUUAGUAGUAGUAAUGUCUUCUCACAGACAUAAUAAUAAAGGAUAAAAACCCCAAA